AUGGAUCCUUUUACUCAGGCACAAAUUCAUGUUGAUGAAAAAGAUAUUAACGGUGAACAACGUCGCCUCAAAUUAGUAUCGGAGGAACCUACUGCUAAAAUACGCGAUUCCUCACGUAGCCGGUUGCAACGUCUUGGAGCUCUUUAUGCGAAUCCCCACGACCUAUCAUCGCCAAUACAUCGAACAGAGGAGCAGUUCUGUGCGGAUUCACCUAUUAAAGACGUUUUCGAAAACAGUGAAAAAAGAGUUAAACAACGUUACGGUAAAUUAGCUGAACUGGCUUGCUCCAUCAAUCAAUGGGAGGAUGAUGUUUCUCAUCACGACCCACGUCCUGUCAGUGCAGUACCACCUCCCAAACCAGCUUUACCAAGUAGAAAAGUUUCUGGUAUACCGCCAAAAAAGCCAGCCCUGCCAAGUAGGAACACUCUAGGUAAAACGCUUACCAAAGUUAAAGUUCCCACGCAACUGGCUCUAGUGUCAAGUGAAGGAGCCGAUAAACAGUCAAUUGAUGAUACAGAACAAAUAAAUGCCACCAAUACCAAACAAUUGACAUGUGAACUCCAAGUGAUGAAUUCACUGGAAGCACAAGGGCUUGAACGACGUGAAUCAUCAAUCCUAAAACCUGCAUACGUAUACACGGAAGUGGAUGAAAAACAUGCGAUGGAGGAGCCAGUUAAUGAGUUGAAAGUUGAUGAAAAUAAACCCCAAGUAGUGAAUUUGGCUAGUAGAUUUUCGAAAGCUGUAGAAGAAAAAAGUACUGCAGCCAUUCCUCUUAAGACGAUAAAUGUUAAGGCUGGCUUAGUAUCCGGACGAGCGGCUGCUUUUGAGCAGAAAACAAGUAGCACUCAGCAAUUAUAUCGUCCACAGAAAGAUCCAACAGAAUUGUCGCUAAAGGAGCGUAUGCAAUUAUUCGAAAGAAAAAAAGGAGGCGCACUUUUGCCAAAAGCUGCCCUCGGUAUGGCGCCAAGCAUAAGUAAAAUUCGACAGGGAGAAGCUGCAUUGGGCAAAGAAUUAGGUACAAAAGUAGCUACUGCGGCGCUCGCGUGCAACAAUGUCAGCUCAUCAUCUUUAUUACCCACAAAGCCAAAUGGCGACAAUAAAUUACGAGAAAAAGUGGCGGCACUUGUAGCGAGUACGUCAACAAUGGCUGAAAGCAAACUUAAUACCGAUAUACAAAAACAACGACAAGAAGAUGUGCAAGUUCGUGCAUAUCGUUUCAACAAACAAAAAGAAGUAUGCGACGAAAAUGAGGAGCAAAGUGUACAGUCGGAAACUCUGCAAACGCAGUCUAACGUGGUAUCUAGCACAAAACAUAUAACAUCGGUGCCAAGACAUCCACACACACCACCACCGCCUCCACCAAAACCCAAAAUCAUAUUGGACGGGACAAAAAAACGUCAUUCACCUAGCGAUAUUCUUGAUGAUGAUGAAAGCAAGCGUUCGCGUAAAUCUGUAACAGCUGCAUCUCUGCGAAAUCAAAUGUAUCCCGCACUAUCAGAUUUGGAAUCUGAGUCAGAAAGGGACAAUGAUUGUACGACGGCGACUAUACACGGACACAGUGUCGCAGAGGAGCACACGCGCAUGCUUGCAGUAACUGCUGAAACUGACCGUCCUGAGAGUGAUUUUGUUGAACAGCAUCAACAACAACAACAUAGUAAUAUUGACGAUGAAAGUUAUAUGGAUACAGAGGAAACAGACGGCAGCAGUAUAGACAUUUGCAAUGGUAAUUUGGAUCGUGUGAUAAAGCAGGUGGUACAAAAGAAUCACCGCCAACAGCAACAAAAUCAGCAAUCAAAACCAGUAAAGGAGGUACGCAAUGCUGAUAAGAAAGAAUUUUAUGGCUGUACUGAUAGCUCAGUAUAUUCCUCUGAAGCGUCAGGAGGGGUUGAUGACUUCUUGGAUGAGGCUUUAGAAGAGUACGGCGAUGAUGAUAGUACGACGAAGGAAAGCGCUGAUGACUUGUCGAGAGAAAGUAAAGCCACAACAUCCUGCAAUAGCUUCUUUUUCUGCAAAACACCAAAAAAAUACACCAGCUAUCAAACUAUAUCAGAGGAAAAUGAUGAGUCGGCAUCGAGUUCAAAAGCAGCUACUUGCAAUUCGCAACCUGUGAAACCUGUGCUGAGUGUUAAUCGUGGGAAUGACGACAAUACGGUCACUUUGGUGCACACUAUCAGCUUUUACAGACGACAACAGGGCGACAAUAGUGCCGGUUCGACUCCAGUGCGUACGGUGUCGCAUGAGCGGAAGGUAUUACGCUCCGAAAUCGCCAGCGCUGCGUGUGAAGCUAUGCAAAUCGAUUAUUCCAAGCAGCAAAAGCUGCAUGAACAAAAUAUCACACAUAAUGAAACGUACGUGGUUGAUGGCAAUCCAUCCGAAGAAACUGAGUCGGAAGAUAGCUAUUUAGUGCAGGAAAAGAUUAAAAAGCUUCUAGAUGAAGUCGGCAAACAGCAGACGAUAAUUGCGCAAGCCAGCCAAGCACUGAACUUGUGCGCGGCCACUAUAGAAUUUUCCGGUUCGACAGAGUCGGUCGAGGGCGAGCGACAUUUGCUUGUAGCAACCCAUCGUCGCGAAGCUUAUUUAGCCGAAGUACAACGCCUGCGCGUAGAGAAGUGCUUGAGGCCAUUAGGUGCGUUGCGCGACAAAGGCCGUCUCACUGUUAAGGAGAUAACCAUACCACUACGUGAAGAUUACAUACGCAAACUAGCUGGGGAUACCAUCGCUGGUCAUCAUUUGGUUUGUUUACUUAAAUGCGAUGAAAAUGUUUUGGCGACGAAAACGAUGCCUACACUCCCCGGUCUGCUAGCAGUGAAAUUCCCAGAUAUAUUGCAAAUGGAUAACGUGCAUGCCGAUUUUAAGAUUACUCUCGAGAUCUACGGGAUGACCGCCCAACGUGAAGUCCUACCUCACGAGGUGAAAUAUCAUAUAAAUCGAAAUAAAAAGUCCGGUAUUAAAACGCCUAAAAAGAAAGGCAGCGAAAAUCAUUUAGUUAUGCCACUUGUUCAAAGUCCAGCUGGCCCGAACGCCGUUCGUACUCCUGCUUUGGUGCAGUAUGGUUGUAUCACUUUUUCCCUACACGAGAUACAUCGCACGUCCUGGACACUAACACAGGUUCUCGGCGUUAGUCCAUUGGAAGGUACGCUGCACAUGAAAGCCAACUGUCAAUUAGCUUUUUUGGUAGAGCAUCGUGGCUUUCUCACCAUGUUCGAGGAAAUUUCUGGAUUUGGUGCCUGGCAUCGUCGUUGGUGUUACUUAAAUGGGAGUAUACUUAAUUAUUGGAAGUAUCCCGAUGAUGAGAAUAGGAAAGCGCCUAUCGGCUCGCUUGAUCUGUACGCCUGUCGUACGCGGAGAGUAACCAUUGCGCCUCGUGAUAUAUGUGCGCGUCGCAACACUAUGUUGCUUGAGUUUGUGCGUCCCGUGAAAGAAACUGAUGUCGAGUCGCUUAUUAUUGUGCCAAAUGACCGCAAUACCAUUGUACGACAACUACUCUCAGCUGAUACGCAAGAGGAAUGUGUGCUAUGGUGCGCAUACUUCAAUAAAGUCCUAUUACUUCUGCAGUCCUCCGCAAAAAAAGCUUAGAUCCCACUAUCGGCGCAAAUAGCACAAUCUGCGCCGGUUUUAUCAUUGUAGAUCUGUACACAACUGAUAACUUGCCACAAUCAUUUUAUAAGCGGUCUAAAUUAUGUAUCAUCGGAGG